AUGCACAACAGCAACAACAACAAUAUCAGCCACAACAGCAACAAAGUAAACAUCAGCCAAAUGGCAAUAUUAUGACUGGCCUCUCUGGCAUGCAACAUCACAUACGUGCACCACGUCCUCCAGUGCGUACUGCCUCGUCAACUCCAACAGGUUGCAGUGGCGUUGGCAUCCUACUUGAUCAAACACCAUCAAAUGGUAGUAGCAGUAGCGGUGUCAGUAGUGCACCAUCAACUAAAGGACAUUCCCAUCACCAUUCACAUGCACACGCACAUGUGCCGUCAGAGAAUAUUGGCAUGACAACAACAACAUCUGCUAAUGGUGGCAAUGUUGGAGUGGGUAGUGUAAGUGCAGGGGGAAGCAGCAGUGGCAGCGGGGUGCACUUACAGCAGCAAGUGCCACAAGCUGCAAUUGAUGAGAUGCGCGUUUGAUAGGUGCCGGUGUUCGAACUAGAUUUAUAGUC